AUGUCGGAGCGCGGCCCGGUGCCGCGGCGGCGCUGCGGGAGCAGGAGGAGGAUGGCGGGGCUGGCGUGGAAGUGGCCGCGUACCCGCCUGCCAGUGGGCGCCAGCGCCUUGGGCGUCUUCGUGCUCUGCUGGCUCUACGUGUUCCCCGUGUACCGGCUGCCCGACGAGAAGGAAAUCGUACAGGGCGUGCUGCUGCAGCAGGGCAAGGCGUGGAGGAGGAACCAGACUGCGGUCGCCCUGUUCAGGAAGCUGCUGGAAGAAUGCUGUGACCCUGGACAGCUCUUUGCUAUGACAAAGAUGAAUUCCCCUAUGGGAAAGAACCUCUGGUUUGAUGGGGAAUUUCUAUAUUCUGUCACAAUUGACAAUGCAACUUACUCGCUCUUCCCACAGGCUACUCCCUUCCAGCUGCCACUGAAGAAAUGUUCCGUGGUGGGAAAUGGUGGGAUCCUGAAAAAGAGUGGCUGUGGCAAACAAAUAGAUCAAGCAGAUUUUGUCAUGCGGUGCAACCUUCCUCCUCUAUCCAGUGAAUACAGCAAGGAUGUUGGAUCCAAAACCCAACUGGUGACUGCAAAUCCCAGUAUAAUUCAGAAAAGGUUCCAGAAUCUGCUGUGGUCCCGAAAAGCCUUUGUGGACAGCGUGAAGGUCUAUAACCACAGCUACAUCUACAUGCCAGCCUUCUCCAUGAAAACUGGGACAGGACCCUCCCUCCGUGUCUACUACACCCUGGAGGAUUUUGGGGCCAAGCAGGCAGUCCUUUUUGCCAACCCAAACUUCCUGCGGGACAUCGGCAAGUUCUGGAAGAGCAAAGGUAUCCACGCCAAACGCCUUUCCACGGGGCUGUUCCUGGUCAGCGCCGCCCUUGGUCUGUGUGAGGAAGUAACAAUUUACGGCUUCUGGCCCUUCUCGGUGGACCUGCACGGGAAGUUUAUCAGCCAUCACUACUAUGACAAUGUCCUGCCUGACUCCGGAUUCCAUGCCAUGCCGGAGGAAUUUCUACAGCUUUGGUUUCUUCAUAAAAGUGGUGUACUGAGAAUGCAGCUAGAACCGUGUGAGGACCCUCUAAUCCAGUCUUCAGUCUGA